AGCUCACGUGCUCAGAGAGAAGGUAAAAACAAAGCACUGUCCUAAAGUGACUGAAGGAAUGCUGCAGACAGAUUCACACACACACAUGCACACGCACACACACCUAUCUCUUACAGUGGGACCAGGUGGCGCAAGAAGAUACCUGGCACACUAUUGGUCCUGAUGUCUGAGUGAGAAAGAAGAGCCACCACAUUUGAUUGGACAGCAGGUGGCAGUGCACGCAGACCAGGAAGAUGUCUGGUCUGCAGAAGUAAAAAGGCUCAGGCGAUGCAAGCUUACACAUUCACUUUACACAUACAGUAUGCUCUUACAUCAUCGUCAUCAUCAUCACCACCACCAUCAGGGGAGGAGCUUUUUGGAUUGUGAGGAUUGCAGACUGCUUCUGCAACAGGGAUGACUUAAGAGGAGAAACACAGCCACAUGGAAAUGCUUCAGUGCUGAUGGACUGCAGUCAGUGUGACAACUCAAAACUACUGCAGCCCAGCCUGAUUCACUGAACACAGCAUGGGAGGCUUGCCGGAGUGAGACUGCAGGAGUUAGGACGUGACUUUGGUGACCUCAGGACAGCGGCAUGGCAUCACCCAGGCACUACGGACACACUGCUCGGGAUAUUGCCAAUGUGAUGCAGAAGCUGCAAGAUGAGCAGGAGGCAGUGCAGAAGAGGACAUUCACAAAAUGGAUCAAUUCCCACUUGGCAAAGCAUGUCCCUCCUCUGAUGGUGACUGACCUGUUUGAGGACAUCAAGGACGGUGUGAUGCUGCUGGCCCUGCUGGAAGUCCUCUCCGGACAGAAACUGCAAUGUGAGCAGGGCAAGAAGCUAAAGAGGAUCCACUGGGUCGCCAAUAUCGGCACAGCUCUCACCUUCCUUGAGGGUAGAAAGAUCAAACUAGUAAACAUCAACUCCACAGACAUCGUCGAUGGACGGCCUUCAAUUGUGUUGGGGUUGGUGUGGACCAUCAUCCUUUAUUUCCAGAUUGAAGAACUUACCAGUAGCCUACCAGCACUUCAGACCUUAUCCAGCAGCACUUCUUCACUGGACAGCUCCACCAGCAGCACUGAGACAACCAGCCCACCUGUCAAAAGAAAACCCCUCCCACCUUCACAGGGCGGAGCCAGGAAGGCCUUACUGAGAUGGGUCCAGCACACAGCCACCAAACGUCUGGGGAUUGAGGUGAAAGACUUCGGCCCCAGUUGGCGCACAGGGCUUGCAUUCUUUGCAGUCAUCAACGCCCUUCGGCCAAAUGUAGUAGACAUGGAGCGCGUAUGGGGGAGGCCCAAUCAGGAAAAUCUGCAGGAAGCCUUCUUAUUGGCUGAGAAAGAGCUCGGCAUUCCCCAGCUUCUCGACCCAGAGGAUGUCGAUGUAGACAAGCCGGAUGAGAAAUCCAUUAUGACAUACGUAGCCCAGUUCCUGAAGCAUCACCCCGACCGAAAGCAGAGUGAUUCAGAUGGACAGCACGAAGAAGAAGAGAGAGAGCAGCGAAAGAGCCUGAGGGAGCUCAAAAUGUGGCUCGACCAGCUGGAAAGAGACGCAACACAGGCCCAGGAGACGGAGGGCAAUCUCGCUCAACAGUACCAGUUGUUCAAGAGCUUUCGUGUCCAGCUGGAGAUGAGGCGGAAGCAGGUGGAGGGGGCUUUACAGUCCACACAGAAGGAUGGGAUACUCACUGUGGAUCAGGCUCUGGUCAAACAGGCUUGGGAAAGACUCUCUAAAAGGCUCUUGGACUGGCAUCUCCACCUGGACAGGUCUCUGCCUACACCUCUGGAUACGGUCGGGGCGUGGCUGCAUGAGGCCGAAGAUGCCUUACGACAUGAGAUUGUCGUCCAGCAGGCUCAUGAUGCCACAGCCAACACGGUCCACAGAGCUCUGGAGCAGCACAAGGAUGUGUUAAAGAGCUUGGAAAGUCACCAGCAGGUUUUUCAGAGGAUCCAUAAAGACAGAAGUGUUGAUGGAGUCCCUGUUCCCCCGGACCAGCUGCAAGACAUGGCUGAGAGGAUGAACUUCGUCUCCACCUCUUCAAGCAUUCACCUGGCCAGAAUGGAAUACCUGGAGAACCAACACCACAUGCAGGCCUUCCUCACUCUAACUGAGGCCAAGCUCAAAUCCUGGAUCAUUAAAUAUGGCCGACAGGAGUCUGUGGAAGUGAUGCUCCACAACUAUGUUUCGUUCGUGGAGAAGCAGCAUUUCUUUGAAAGAUACGAGGCAUUGUUCCAGUCGCUGAAACGGGCUGCUGAGGCUUAUGUGAAUGCCGACAGCUCAGUGGACGAGGGCGAAAUGGGAGUGCGCAGGUUCAUGCGUGAGGUGGUGACCCAGUGGAGGAGUCUGUCCAUGGAGGUGCGCAGUGUGAGGAGCAUGCUGGAGGAGGUGCUGUGUAAUUGGGAGAGGUACAGCUCCACUGUGGCCUCCCUGCAGGCCUGGCUGGAGGACGCAGAAGACGCUCUGGGUCAGACAGAAAACACCAAACGGGAGUUUUUCAGGAAUCUCAGCCACUGGAUGGAUCAACAUGCAGCCAUGAAUGACGCAGGGAAUUUUCUCAUUGAAACAUGUGACGAGACCAUGUCGCUUGAACUCAAACAGCAGCUUCUUCUGUUGAAUGGACGAUGGAGAGACCUCUUCCUCAAAGUCAAACAAUAUGCCCACGUAGACGAGCUGGAGAAGUGGAGAAAGGAUAAUUUAAAGGCUGUGACGACACUUAGAGAGCUCCUGGACACGGCGGAGGCCAAGCUCAACGCUCCGGUUCAGGUGUCCUUCCUCAAUGCUCGAGUCUUUCUGCAGGACGUGGAGAAUACCAAGCAAAAGGUUGUUGCUAUGGAGACACAGUACAAGCUGGCUGCCCGCAGUGCUCAGCUUCUUGCCAAGGAUGCGCCACAGGAUGAGGCUGCCAGGGUCAUGGCAACUAUGGCAACAGCUAAAAGUCAGCUGAGUAAGGUGAGAGAGCGGUGUCCCUCCCUGGUGAGGGAGUGUCAUGUUCUUCUGCCGCUGUUGGAGGAGAUGGAGAAACACAUCACCGUAUUUUACCAAGCCCUGGAGCGGGCCAGUCGCAUAACAGCCGCCAGAGACCAGGACACACAGAGCCAGAGCCAACACAAACAGAAGUGGCAGGAUUUGUUGAACCAGCAGCAGAGCUGUAAACGCAGUCUGUCAGUGGUGGAGAGGAAUCAUCACACCCUGCACAGAUCGCUCUCCAACAGCAAGGUGCUCCGAAACUUCGACCUAACCUUGCUGCAGAAAAGAGUUGCUGAAAUGCAGGCCUCAGCACAGGCUCUGCUGAAGGAGGUCGGGGAGUGGAGACGGCAGGAAGAGGCGAACAACUGCCUGAGGAGGAGGUUUGAAGAAUCAAGACAAGAGCUGGAGAGAGUACUGAAGAGAGCUCAAGGCUGCUUGAGAGAAACUGGAGACGCUGAGGAAUUACUGAAGAAACACAGUGAAUUUCUGGGCCAUCUGGACCAACGUGUGCUGAGUGUGUUCUUGAAGGCGUGUGAUGAGCUGACUGACAUCCUACCACAAGAGGAGCAAGAGGGGCUGCAGGAAACUGUCCGCAGGCUGCACAAACACUGGAAGGACAUCCAGGGGGAGGUUCCAUCUCACCUGCUGCGCCUCAAGGUGGAGGUGGAACGAAGUCGGAUUGCUAUGAUCAUACAAGACUGCAGAGUGGAGUUGGACAGAGAAAUGCAAGCCCUGUCUGGCACCUGCACGAGCGAGCGAGUGAUCAAAGAGCACAGAACAUUUUUCAGGGAACGCAAACCUUUGACUUUGUGUGAGAAGAGGAUUAGAAACAUGGAGGAUCUGUGUCAGAAGUUGCCUGACAACGACCCAGCUUACCGUGCGCUAGACUCCACCAGGAGGGUUGUAGACGAGGUUGCAGAGCACAUCAAGAGCACCCACCUGAAGCUGGAGCAGCACCCUGAUAAAUGGAAAGACUGGAAUGAGAGGUUCUGUGAGCUUUCUGACUGGGUCUCAUCUCAAAGGAGGCAGGUCAGGCUCUUGAGAGAGACAGCAAGAAACUCCAGCCAUAAAGAGCAGGUUGACGCUGCUGUUCAGGCUAUGCAGGAAGCAAUCGAUGCCCGAGAGGAGAGCCUGUUGUGGCUUAAGAGCCACCUUGCUGGGCUGUCUGAGGUUAGCUCAGAACUGGAGAUCCAGAGACAGAGAACAGCUCUGGCCAAACUCUCCACUGACCUGCGGGCUCUGUUUUCCUCACUCUGUCAGUGGGGGGAGGAGGGCUCCGCUAUGUUCCAGUAUGAGGAGCUGAGGGAGGAGGUGCACGGGGCACUGGAGGAGGUCCUGAGAGCGAGGAGGGAAGUGGAGGAGCAGACCAGCAUGAUUCUGGAUGCUGAGGGCCUGGAGGAGGCACAGCAGCUUUACCUUUUUCACCAGCAACACUUGAAGCGCCUGCAUGCAAACAGGAGAGAGGCUGAGCUUCUGGUGUCCCACUGCCGCCAGCUGCAGAGAGGAGAGACGCUCAGUGAGUCUCUACGCGAGCUGGAGGGAGCUUUCAGAGAAGUCGACCGUAAAUCGGAGGCAAAGGAGCACAACCUGCAGGCGACUCUGAGCAUCUGGCAGGAUUUUGAAGCAGAAAGGGAAACAGUUUGGAGCUUUAUCAGCAAUACCAACGUCGAGCUCCACAAAGAACUUAUUUUCAACAACAUUGACAGCCUGAAGACUGAACUGGAGCACAACAAGGAGCUUCUAGCUGACAGUGAAGAGUUUUCCAUACAAGGAGAUCUCCUCCUGGAAAAGGCUGCUGAUAUCCUGCUCAGUCCAAAGAAUCAGACUCUUCUUCUGCAGCAGGCCCAGAACACCAGAGAAGCAGUCAGCCAACUUCAAGACCACCUCAACAAGAACAUUGUCCAGCUGGAGAUGAUGUGUAUACGUUGGGAGCGUUUCAGCAGCGAGUCUGCGGCCUUCUCUCUGUGGAUCACUGAGAAAGAGGAGGAGCUGGAGGCAGUCAGCACAUCCUCCCCCACAGAUCCUGUAAUCAAACACAUCAGCAAAGUGGAGACAGUGGGAGAGGGUUUAGAAGAGAAAGGGGCAGCCUUGGUCCACAUGGAAGCAGACUGCGAGGCCCUGUCGAGCUUCGUGACUCCCGGAGAAGCUGGAAGCGUUCGGGCGCGACUCGCACAGAUGAGGCGCUGCUGGGAAGAGAUGAAGGUGAGAGUGGAGCAGCUGGGAGGACAGCUCCAUCAGAGUGCCACAUACAGGCAGAGAUACAAUGACAAUCUCGAACAGGUCAAGAAAACAAUGAGUGAUCUUGAAGGGAAGCUGGACUGUCCAGUCUCACUCUGUACAUCAUCAUGUGAGACCUACAAAAUCCUCCAGGAUCAUAUGGAGGUCUGCCAGGCAGUCGAGCAGCUGAACCCCAGGCUGAUGGCUUUGUUUUCAGCCAUGAAGAGGCUUGGAGAGGGCAGCCAGUUGGAGGAAGAGGUGGCUAACCUCCAAAAGCGACAAGCAGAGUUUAUGGCCAAAGCCGCAGAAAAGCAAUCCACAUUAGAGAGCCUACUGGCACUCUGGCAAAGAUUUGAAAGGGAGAGCUCAUCUAUGAAAAGCUGGUUGGACAGAUGUGAGUGUGUUUGCUGUCCGGACUCUGACCUGCUGCCUGCAGACAGAGUCAAACUCAAGAAUGAACUACUAAACGUACAGGAAAUGCAGAGGGAGACACCAUCCUAUGAAGUUCUUCUUCAUGGUCUUGUGAAUCUGGGCCUGUGUGUGUACCCCACAGCACCUGAAGCUCGAGUUCAAGAGCUCAGAGAUGAUCUCAUGCUAAUACAAGAGAGAUGCACUUCUUUGAAAAACAGCAUAUCACACAGACUUGAACUGCUGGAGCCUCAGCUGUCACAGUUGGAGCAGUUUGAUCAGGCUCUGCUGACUCUAACUCAAAGGAGUGAACACUUCCUGUCUGGCUUGAGAAGCUCCUCUCAGGUUGAUAUUGCUGAUCUUGAUGCUGCAGUUACAAAGCUGAAGGAGCAAAAGGUGCAGCUACAGGCCUAUGCAUCGAUGAGAGAGUCCCUGCAGCAGAGAGAGUCCUCCCUGUGUCGCUGCUCCACCUCAGAGGCCCAACAGCAGCUGCAGGGCUGGAGGGAGGACUGCAUCCAGCCCCUCAUUGAAUCCCAGCGUCUCCUUUCCCUUCGCAAAGAAUGUGUGACUGACUUAAAGACUUUUCUUGAGAAGCACAGAGCAGCGACUAAGGCUGUACAGCGCCUUCAUGAGGCAGUGGAAGGAAGGGGGAGCUGGGACCGCUCCAAAGCUGAAGAGCUGCAUCAUGGAGUAGGGGAAGUGGCUAAAGAAGUAGCCCACCUCGAGGCUGAGGCAGUGGGGUUAGAUGGUCAGUUAGGCAAAGCUCAGUUUCACCUGUGCGGAGCAGAGCGGAGGGGCUCUGUGGAUGAAGGUCAUCCACAUGGAAGAACAUCAUGCAGAGGACAGGCGGUGGCUCUCACGAUGGCUCUGGAGGAGGUUCAGAGGGGAGUCGGGUGGAGACAGAGUGAAGCAGACGCAUUAGCAGCGCUAUGGAGCUCUUUUAGGGAGAGGAGGGAGGAGGUGAUGAAGAAUCUGAAGAAACUGGAGGAUGAAGUGAAGAAGGAGGUGGCCAGAGAGAGCACAGUGCAGGCUUUUCAGAACAGGCUGCGUUUCUUCAUCCAGCUGGAGGAUGAGCUCCAGUCGCUGCAGCACUCCCAGCGGUGGUUAGAGGAGAAGGGGAGCCAGCUGGCCCAGAGAGACAGCGAGCUGGCUGGGGAGGCUCUCAGGGAGGUGUCGCUUGUGAAGACAGCCUGGGAGAGCGUCAGGACCGUGAUCACCAACGGUCAGGAACAAAGUGGAGUUGUAGUCGAUCUUCUUCGCCACUUUUACCACCUCAAGUUGAUCCUCGCUAAUGUCGUGGAGAACGCUCAGGCUGUUACACACAAUCUCCCCGACCACAACCAUGACGCUCAGGAGGCCAAAAGGACUUUCACACGACACGAAACCGUCCAGUCUGAGCUGAGAGAGAAACAGGACGACAUGGACCGGCUCAUCCGCACCGUGGAGGACCUGCAGAGAGAGCUGGAGAAGAUUCCCAACUCUGAUGCGAGCUCAAUCCACAGAGACAUGGAUACGUUAAGAGACCAGUGGCUGGAGGUCUCAGAGAGAAUCCAGACCAACACAGAGAGACUAGGCUACUGUGUGAGCCUGUGGGAGGACCUCAAGUCCAUGGAGCAGGACAUUAACCAGUGGACCUCCAACUCCAUCGCUGAUCUCACCGACAGUGUCACCAAUCUCAGCGAUAAAGAGAAAACUGAAGCUCAUCUCACCACUUUUCAGGCGGAGGUUGAGAAGAGAGAGCAGACACUGGAUGCGCUGCAGGAGAGAGUGACAGAGCUAAAGGAGAGAGCCAAACUGCAGGAAACGCCGUUACAAAUGCAGGUCCUGGAGUCAGACCUGAGGAAGAAAAUGGCCCACGCCCAGGAGGUCUACAACCAGGCCAAACACACUCUGACCUACUUCAGUUUCCAGAAGCAGCGACUUGAGGACCUCAUGUCCCAGAUGACUGAACGGCUGAGGGAGGUUGAGGGUUCCUUAUCUGACCUCACUGAAGCUUCUUCUGCUGAGGACAUCAGCACAGUCAAGGACCUGCAGGGCGUUGUGCAGCAGCAGAGGGCAGACAUGGACUCAGCCAGAGAUGCCCUGAGUGCCCUGUGCAGGUCUCACCCCUCGCAGGAGCUGUCAUGCCUCUCCUCUGAGCUCACCUCUAUUGCAAAACGGACGGAAGCUGUCGCCCAGCGCUGUGCCAAGACCAGGGGCAGCCUGCAGGAUGGGUUACAGCUCCACUUCAACGAGCUCGUCCAAGACUUCCACUCCUGGCUCGCAGAUCUGAAGGUGGAGCUGAAAGAUUGUUCUAAUCAAUCGGGAGAUGUCGCCAUCCUUGGGGCAAAGUUGCAAAGGCUAAAGGUGUCAGCCGAGCGUUCAUCAGAGAGUGAAGAGCGGCUCUCUCAGGUUUGUGAGGAAGCCAAGAAGCUUCUGGUCCACCUGCCCAAAGCUGGAGCAGCACAGGUCCAAGAGCAUCUCUCCUCCUGUCAGAGAGAAUGGAGGAUCUACCUGGACGGCUGCUCUCAGAACCAACAAGACUUGGAAGAGAGUAUUGAACUUCUGAGGAAUUUUAAUGGCUGUGUGGAGGUUAUGAGAGAUUGGCUGAAGCAGAUGGAUCUCAGCCUCAAGAGCAAGCCUGUUUUGGGGGCAGAGAGCCAGCAAGGAGUCUCCGACAGCACAGAAGAGCUGGAGAGGAUGGAGAACCUCCACAGAGAACUGCUUGAAAGAAGGGACUCCAUCGAGCAUCUUUGCCAAGAGGCCCAGUCUCUGUCUGAAGCAGGCCGGGGGUCAGGAGGAGAGGUCAGAGCGACAGGACAGCUCCAGAUGGAGCACCAGGCCCUGCUGAAGGCCGCCAGGGAGAGGCUGCGGGGCUGCCAGGAGAGCCAGGCCUUUGGGGAGACCCUCCAAGGGGUCUGGGCCUGGCUGGAAGAGAUCCAGGAGAGACUGGGUACUGUAGACAGCACCAUGGGGACCAAAGAGCAGCUAGAGCAGAGACUGGAGACUGUACAGGACAUCCUGCUUUUGAAGGGGGAGGGAGAGGUCAAGCUGAACAUGGCGAUGGGUAAGGGUGAGUUGGCCCUGCGGAGCUACGGAGCCGCCGGACAGGAUGUUGUGCGCUCACAGCUACAGGAAGUGGAGGAUGCUUGGGCGACGCUGCUUGUGACUGCAAUGAGCUGCCACAGUCGUUUGGAGUGGACGGUGUCACAGUGGGGAGGAUACCUGGAGAGUGCUGCCCAGCUGCGGUGUUGGAUGGAGGUUGUAGAGCGAGAGGUGUGUGCCCCUCUCACCCCUCAGCCAGGCCCCAGAGAAAAGGCUUCCCAGCUGGAGAGACUCAGAGCUCUGCUGGCCGACCUGGAGGACCACCAGGUGGCACUGUCCAGUCUGGAAGAAAAAGCCAGGGAACUGUUCAAAAAGACAGGUGACGCCAGCUUCAACCACGGGGCCCGCACACAGCUGCAGGUGCAGUUUGAUGAUCUCACAGCCUUGGUAGAGGAGAGAGUACGUCUUGCACAGGCUGUAGUGCUGGAGCAUCAAGAAUACCUGGAGGCUGUCAGGGAGCUCACUGAUUGGCUGAUGACUGCCGGGGAGGAGCUCCAGCACUGGUCGGAUACAUCAGGAGACUCUGCCUCCAUCAAGAAGAAGCUGUCAGAAGUGAGGGAGCGCGUGGAGUGUCGGCUGCUGGAGGGCCGGGAGCGCUUGACCCGAGUGCGUCGCAGUGCCGCAUCAACGGCAGAGCACACGGCGGCGGGCGGCUGCGAGGCUAUGGACCGACAGCUGGGGGCGCUGUCACAGGCUCUGGAGCAGUGGGAGGGGGCUGCUCUGAGGGCCAGGGACGGUCUGGAGGGGGCUCUCGCUGCUGCUGCUGCAUCAGAGGAGGAGUACAAUCGCCUCACCGUCUGCCUUGAAGACGAGCUGAAAGAUUUUGAUGGACGGCUGAGGGGGUGGAGCCAGGAGCUGAUUAAAGCUGAGGGGCGGAGCAACGGGGAUGAAGCGGUGGAGGGAUGGCAGCUGGCGAAGGAUUUACUGGAGGGCUUGCAGAGCGCCGAGCCGAUGGCAGAGAAGUUGAAGGGCCAGCUGAACGACCUGGUACGAUACUCCAGAGACCUGGGCUCACAAUCAGACCGGGUCACUGCGCUGAUCAAACAGCACAACAGCCUCAGCCUGCGUGCCUCCAGGGAGUGUCAAAAUAAAGAGCGCUUGUUGGAGCAGAGGUUCCGUGCAGCCCUGAGAGACUUCCAGCAGUGGUUGGUCAACGCCAAAAUCAGCACAGCCAAAUGCUUUGAUGUGCCACAAAGUGUCGCAGAGGCCUCAACUGCUCUGCAGAGGAUCCAAGAGUUCUUGAGUGACAGGGAGCAUGGCCAGGCCAGGCUGAGUACAGUAGGAGCCAGUGGGGAGCUGCUGAUGGCUGUGGUGUCCAAAGACAGAGUGGAGGGGAUCAAGGCCAAAGUGGCAAACGCCAGAGAGGACUGGAAGAGCCUGAUGAAUAACCUGCAGACGAGGGAGGAUGCACUCAAGAGCCUGCAGUCCCAGAUGACGGAGUUUGAGGCCAGUGCUGAGCCUCUGCAGGACUGGCUGAACAGCACAGAGGUCAGAGUUCAGGAGAGCAGUGCUCGGCUGCACGACCUCCCAGCCAAGAAACAGGAGCUCAGCAAACUACAGUCUGUGCUGGAGGAGAUGGCCAGUCGUGAGGCGGAGCUGGGCAGGCUCAGGGAACAGGCUCAUCGUCUCUGGGAGGGACAAGCAGCCGGCAAGGGCUUCGUCCAUCGUGUAUCUCAGCUGUCUGCACAGUACCUCGCCCUCAGCAAUUUAACAAAGGACAAGGCCUCCAGGAUUGAGCGCAUUGUGGGGGAGCACCGCCUCUUCUCUCAAGGUCUCAAAGAGCUCCAGGAUUGGGCGUGUGAAGCUCAGAGGGUCCUCAGCACCUGCAUCUCCACCACCACGGACAAGAGCGUGUUGGAGGACCGGAUGUUACAACUAGAAGCUUUGUUGGCGGCUCGUCAGGAGAGAGAGAUCCAGCUAAAGAUGCUUCUGACGCGAGGAGAAGCAGUCCAGAGAAACACCUCCGCUGAGGGAGUCCCAGUCAUCCGCAAACAGAUCCAGGACCUCAAAGACUCAUGGGACUCGUUGCUUUCUGCCUCCAUUCAGUGUAAAAGCCAGCUGGAAGGCGCUCUGUCUCAGUGGACUAGCUAUAAGGAGGACGUGGGUCAGUUUGUGUUGUGGAUGGACCGGGUGGAGGAGACACUCAGCUGCUCUGACAGACAGUACUCUGAGAUGAGAGACAAGACAGCUAACCUUGGAAAGACCAAGCUUCUAUAUGAAGAAGUCCUGAGUCACAGCAGCCCUUUAGAGACCAUUGCCACAAAGAGCUCCAAUAUGUCUGAGCACUCCACCACGCAGCAGGAGGUGCAGCAGCUGCAGAGUAGAUACAACGCCCUCAAAGAAAAGGCCAAGAAUGCAGUGGGUAAAGCAAAAGGUCUGGUGCUGGUCCACCAGGAAUAUCAAAGGGGGUUGCAUGUGUUUGAAGACUGGCUGGAGCAGGAGCAGGCCACACUGGCCUCAUUGUCCCAUCCAGAGGGAAGCGUAGACACACUAGAGAAGACCCUGGAACAACUACAGCUCCUGCAGGAACGCUGCUCAAAUGGCCAGUCUCUGCUCUCGUCCGUGCUGAGCAGCAGAGAAAGAGUCAUCCCCUGGGGUAUACCUCAGAUUGAGGACCGAGCGCUGGACACAGCACAGAGAGAGUGGGGGGCCUACCAGGGCCGUUUGGAGGAGACUCAGACCCAGCUCAGCUCCACACUGAGCAGACUGAGGCAGAUGGGCCAGAGGUUCCUGAGCCUGGCUCAGUGGCUGGAGGAGAUGGAGAAGGUGGUGAACAUCAGACGUCAUCGGCGGUCAGACAGAAUAACAAAAGGGACUCAGCUGAAGAAACUCCAGGGGUGUCUUGAAGCAGUGCUUGCACGGCAGGGAGAAGUAGACGGCCUUUCUUCUCUGGCCCAGCAGGUUCUGGAGGAGACCUACAUCAGUAGUCGUGUCAGCGUCACUGCCACCCAGCUCACAGCCCGCUACCAUUCACUGCUACUCAACAUACAGGACACCAUCAAGCAGCUACAGGAGGAGCUGAAGAGCAUCGAGGAGGCUGAGAACCUCUGUGUGUCUUACACUGACUGGCUCAGCUCCACUCAGAAAAGCUUCACAGCAUUAACUGACUGCUCUGAACCUCUGGACCGAGUCGCCAUGGAGAGGAAGAUGAAAAGAUUAGAGGCUCUGCAGUCUGAGCUCCAACACGGUCAUAGUUUCCUGAAAUCAUUGAGAGAGCGGGCAGAGCAGGCGGCAGGCUUCCUGAACGAGGCUGGAGCUGAGAGUUUAGGAGGGGAGGUGGAGGCCCGUCUCAGCCAGCUCGAGGAGCUCGCAGGUGGGCUGAGGCAGGAGCACAGCUUUCUACAGCGGGCGUUACUGCUCGCUAAGGAGUUCCAGGACCGGUAUAAGGCUCAGGCUCUGUGGCUGGUGGAGACAAGGGCUUUGCUCAGCACCCCAGUGGAGCCCAAGGCUGAACUGUACCAACGGAGAGCUCUGCUAGCUAAGUAUAAGGCUCUGCUGCAGAUGGUUCAGUCCCAUGACGGAUCCAUCAGGUCAGUGGUGGAGAAAGGAGACGCUCUGCUCUCCUCCGUCCACUAUCCCUCCAUCAGAGACAAAGUGACCCGACUAAAAAGAGACUACACUGAACUCUGUAAAACUGCCAUGGCUCAUGUGGAGAACCUGGAAGGACAGGUGAAGGAACAGGAAAUUUACCACAACGAGCUCCAGGAAGUGGAGCGCUGGCUGCUCCAGAUGUCCAGCAGGAUGGUGACUCCUGAACCCACUGUGGGCAGGAGCCUGGAGGCAGCAACUCAACAGCUGGCCCAGCACAAGGCCAUCAUGGAGGAAAUAGCGGGCUUUGAAGAUCGUUUGGUCGGUCUGAAGGAGCGAGGGGCCCACCUGGUGCAAGGCUGCAGUGACCGUGUGCAGAGCAGGCUGAGACAGCAGGUCCAGGCUCACCAGCAAGGCACCAGAGACAGCUACUCUGCCAUCUGUAGCACAGCGCAGAGAGUUUAUCAGAGUCUGGACCAUGAGUUACAGAGACAUGUGAGUCUCCAAGACACUCUGCAGCAGUGCCAGACCUGGUUGACCUCUGUCUCAGAUGAACCAGAGCCUCCUGCACAUCCUCCUUUAAGCCUGGAGGAAGCACUACAUCAGGUGAAGCAGGAGCGGGCUCUCCAGGAACAGGCAAGCACUUACCUCCAGCUUGUGUGCUCAACAUGUGACCUGUCAGAGACGAGGGUCAGGGAGACCGCGGCAGCUAUUCAGCAUGUCAAACUACAGACUGAGGAGCGCAUGCUGCUUUGUGAGGAGGUAGCAGACAGCUGGAGAGACAUGGAGGAACAGAGGGCAGAUAUGGAGGUCCAGCUGAGAGAGACAGAGCAGCAACUUCAGACCCUCAUCAGGAGACCUGCAGAGCUGGAGCCCAAGAUAGCACAGAACCAGCUGGACAAAGCGCAGGAGUUCCUUCAGCAGAUUAAGGAGAGACAGUCUGAGGUGACUCAUUUGAAUGAAGCUGUCGGUCGGCUGACAGAUGGACAGGUCUCUCCUGCCCUGGAGGAGAUAAGGAGACUGAGGAGAAGCUGGAUGGACCUGGGCCAGCGGGCAGAAGAACUGGAGGCCCAGCGUGGGGAGGACAUGCAGAGAAGUGGGGAGUACCAGGAGAUUGUUGUUGCUGUGGAGGAACUUUUUCACCAAGUAUCCAGGGAAUGGGAUUAUCUUGCCAGGGCCGACACAGAGAGUACAAGUGAACAUCUAGAGGCUCUAAGAAAGCUUUCCAGUGAUCUCGAAGAGCAGAGAGCAACUCUAGAAGACCUCAGAGACCAGAAACAUGCUAUUCUACCUCGACUUAGCCUGCUGGACAAGGAGCUGGUCAAACAACAGGUGAGUCAUCUGGAGCAGCGCUGGGCCCAGCUUGAAUCCCUGAUUCAACAGAAGAUCCAGGACUCCGCACAGACACUUGAUGAUCUUGCCCGUGUUGAAAGCCAGCUGAGGGAUGCCCGGGAGUGGGUGGAGGAGCAGCGACCCGCUCUGACCUCAGCUCUGAAAACCAGCCCACCCCCUGAUCUGGCCCAGAGUUUCCUGUUUGAUCACUUGAGUGUGUGUGUCGAACUGGAGGCUCGCCAGCAGUUGUUGGGUCAGGCAGUGAGCGAGGCCCAGGUUGUGGCUAACAGACUGGGGCUGAGUGAGAAGAGACGCAUGCAGGAGCUGGUGGAGCAGGCCCAUACUGAGGUGGAGGCUCUGGGGGCUCGAGUGGCUCAGAGGAGGAAGUACCUCAGUAAGGCUUUCACAGAGAGGACACAGUUCCUUCAAGGCCUGGGGAGAGCCCUGUCUUGGGUACAGCAACAGGAGAGGAAAGCUCUGAUAGAUGACCACAUAGCACUCCUUCCUGAGGACCUAACCAAGCAGGUUACGGCUUGUCGCAGCAUCCAGAGUGGUUUACGAGCAUACCAAAGGGAGCUGGCAUCUCUCUGGGUGCAGGGCCGAGAGCUAGAGAGAGAUGCCACAGAUAAAGAGAGAGCUGAAACCCUGUCCAGACUUGAAAAGCUACAGGCAGCGUUUGAAGCUGCCCUUCAGAGGACCACCCAGCGUCUCACAGAUUUAGAAAAAGCUUUGACCUCCAGGAAGUACUUCCAGGUUGACCUGGAUAAGACUUGCCACUGGCUGAGACGAGCAGAUGCCAUCACCUUCCCUGAAAUCAAUUCAAGCAGCACUGAGGACAACUCGGAGUUGCAAACUCAACUGUCCUACUUUCAGACCGUCUUAGAACAAGCUUCAGAGUACGAGAACCUUCUUCUUAUAGUCCAGAGAAUAGGCCAGGAGAUCCUCCCUACUCUGAAUGAGAUUGAUCAUUGCUACCUGGACGAGAGGCUGAACGCCCUGCCUCAGCAGUACAACGCUAUCCUAGCUCUUGCCAAAGAGAAAAAAGACAGAGUCCAACAGAUAAUCUUAGAGCGAAAAGAGUUCAGCACUUUCUUUGAUAUUACUCGAAAUGCACUGGAGGAGCUUCAGGAGCAGUUUGACAAUCUGGAGAAACAGACUAUCAGUAUUAGAGAGGAGGAGUUUAUUCAAAUUAUUAAUGAGUACAGAAAUAUAAAUGAAAGUUUAUUUCAUAUCAGCCCUGCUGUGAGAGAGCUGCACGGAAAGAAUGAGGGCUUUCUCAGUCGGGGUCAGCAGUACAGAGCUGAGGAGACACAGCAGCUGGUGGGUCUCUAUAACACACUUAAAAGGAGAAAUGAUGAGAAAAUAAAACACUUGAAUGAGUGCUUGACGACUCUUGUGGAGCACAGCAGGGUAUCCAGCAGGUUGGACUCAGAGUUCAAGUCUGUAAAAGAGAAGCUGGUCCGACUGAAGUCAGAAACAGAGUUAGGUGCUAUAGAUAAAAUCACUAAUCUUUACUCGCUGCUUCAAAGUCUGGACAAUGUGAGCUCUCAGGUCGAAGAAUGUAACAAACAAACCAAAGGCCUUGGUCUGAAGUUUGAUCCCGCUGCCUUGAAAGAAACGACCCUGCAGCUUGAAUCACUGCAGUCUCUAAGGACCGAAGUCAAAUACUUUGUUGAAGAAAGCGAAACGAAAAUCAGAAAGAAUGAGGAUUUUAUGAAAGAGAGUGAGAAAAUGUUGGAACAGCUGAGGACUAUCAAGGAAAAACUGGGAGAACCUUUGACCUUUUCAGAGCUCAAAAGUGAGAGUGUGAAAGAGGAGAAGUGCAAACUAAAGAACGUGGAAGAGGAAGUGAAGAGUAGGCUGAGGAUAGGAGAUGUGUUGGGAAGCAGAGAAAAGCAAAGGUAUUGUAGUAAGAGAGAGACGGUACCUGUUCACGUAGAAGAGAAGAUACAGGAGCUGGAAAAGCUGGGAGCUGAAGUUCACCAAGGAAUCAGCAAAAAACAGCUGGCUGUGGAUCAAGCCCUUUCCUUGGUCCAGAGGCACCACUUAUCUCUGCAGCGCGUGCAGACAUGGCUGGACUCCACCGCGGCUGUGCUCCAGAGAGCCAGCUCAGGGGUGGAGCUCGAGAACCAGACAGAUUGCGUGCAGGACCUGGAAAAGAUUUCAGCCCAGGAAAAGAACUUCACAGCCGGUUUGGAGGAGUUGAGGGCUUUGGAUCCUCUGGUGGAGGAAUUUAUGCAAACAGGAGCAAUGGGUGAAAUUAGAGAAAAAGUUGAGGCGAUGCACCUGAGACAGACGAAAGUCAAACAGCAACUGGAAGCUCAUGGAAAGGUGCUUCAAAGUUGUGCCACUCUGUGGACCUCUUUCCAACAUGAGAAGGAGACACUAGUUGAGCAGAUGAAUGACAAAGAGAGCAAAAUGUCCAUGUUUACAACCGCUAAAGCCGUCAGUGUCCAGCAGGCUGAAGAGAAAUGUCAAAGAUACAAGUCUCUGGUGGCUCACAUCGACCUGCUGGAGUUGCCUCUGAAUGCUUUGAAAGAGAAUGCAACAGAGUUAGAGCAGGUCAUCUCCGAGUCCAGUAAAGCUGUCAUCAGCCACUCAGUGUCGUCUCUUUGGCAUCGAUGGACCAGACUCCGCAGUGUGGCCCGAGCCCAGGAGAGGGCACUGGAGGACACAGUGAGGGAGUGGAGGAACUUUACUGAGAAGAUGGAAAAGGUGCGCUCUGUGUCCCAAGACCUCCACCGCCGCGUCCCUGACGGCACAGUUGAGAAAGCAGCAAACAGGGCGGCGCUUCAGAGCCUCCAGGAGUACCAUGACUCCUUCAUGCAGGAGGUGGAGAGGGAGCAGUCCAUCCUUGCUCUACUGGGGCAGCACACUCGCAGCCUCAGAGGAGAGGGGGAGGAGGAGGCAUCAGAGAAGAAGACUGAAAAUGGACAUGCAGAGACACCGUGCUUACAAGAGAUCAGGAGCAUGCAGGAGCAAUAUGAUAGCCUUGUGCUGCGAGUACGAUCCAGCAGGGCUCAGGUCCACCAGGAGCUGAGAGAAAGAGAGGAGGUAGAGAAGGAGCUGGGCUUGGUCAAAGGCUGGAUCCAAGAUACUCGUGGUUUACUGCUGAGUCCCACUGCCGACCUUGACUCACUGCUGCACGAGCUAGAGACGGCACAUGGUGAGGUCAUCAGCCGGCGCCAGAGUGUGGAGCGUAUGACAGAGCUGCAGCAGUCCAAGUACCAGGACCUCCAGGCCGGUCUGCCCUCCGAGCUCAGCAUGCAGCUGGCUGAGGUGGCUCUGGCUCUAGGCUCAGCUGAAGACCAGGUCCAGGCGAGGGAAAGGGAGGUGCAGCAGACCAGAGACGUGAAAGAGGACUUCAGCUCCAGACUUCAGGACAUCGAGGCAAAGCUGAAGACCAUCGCUCUGAAAUUGGAAGACAAGAGUGGCGACCUGGAGGAGGCCAAAGAAGAGACCAAAGUUCUGUGUGAGGAGUGUGAAUGCUGCGGUCGCUCUCUGGUGGAGUUAGGUGUUGCGGUGCAGGAGUUUGGGGAGCAGAACCCCCUCCUCUGUAAGCAGCUGGGCGACGCUGUGGCAAAGCUGACGGAGGUGCAGCGCCAAACUGCACAGCAGGUUCAGGACAGAGCUAACAGACUAAAGAAGGCGGAGAGACAGGCAGAGGAAUAUCAGGGUAUGAAGGCGUUCAUUUUGGGCUGGGCAGAAAAGGCAGAGACUUUAGUCAGCGGGAGUAUCCUAUGGGGCUCUGCAUCCCAGCUGCAGGAGCAAAUUCGAGCACAUCAGGCUUUGCUGCGGGAGUGUCGGGGUCUCCAUGGGGACUUGGAGGCCAUGGGGGAGAGGGAGGGGCAGCUAGGGGAAGUAUUGCAGACGGAGGGGUGGACCCAGCAGGUUAAACACCUCAGCAGGCGCACAGAGGAGCUGCAGCAAAAUGCCAAGACUCGCCUCCAGAGCCUGCAGGAUGCAGCAAAGGAUAUGCUGCGUUUGGAGGCUGAGGUGAAGAACCUACAUGCUGCUGUAGACCAGAUCCAGGUCACACUGGCCUCCCCAGAUCUCAACAGACUCAGCCUUAGAGAGCAGCUUACACAUAGACAGCGUCUUCUGGUGGAAAUGGAGGGCUUCAAGCAGCAGGUGGCGGCAGUACAGCGGUGUCAGAGCGCCCUCCGGCUGCCAGAGGAGGUAGUGGCCAGCCUGCCAAUCUGCCGCACAGCUCAGACUCUGCAGCAAGAGGCCAGCCAACUGCAGCAUACUACAAUCCAGCAGUGCAACAUCCUGCAGGAGGCAGUGGUGCAGUAUGAGCAGUAUGAACUGGAAGUGAAGAACCUCCAGAGACUAAUCGAAGAGGCUCACCGCAUCAUUCAGGAUCGGCCUGUUUCCACCAAUAACAUUCAGGAGCUUCAGGCUCAAAUACACCACCAUGAGGAGUUGGCCCAGAAGAUCCGUGGCUACCAGGAGCAGAUCGCCUCACUCCACUCCAAAUGUAAGAUGCUGACUGUGAAGGCCAAACAUGCCACCAUGCUGCUGACAGUCAGCGAGGUGGAGGGCCUUUCAGACGGCAUGGACGAGCUGAGUGAUGAGGAGCUGCCCAGCACCAUGGCUACCAAUGACACUUCCUCUGACAAGCAGCUUCCAGCACACCCCUCUGUUGUCAUGAUGACAGCGGGCCGCUGCCACACGCUCCUCUCCCCUGUGACGGAGGAGUCAGGGGAGGAGGGCACGAACAGCGAGGUUUCCUCUCCCCCUGCCUGCCGCUCCCCUUCCCCAGGGGCUAACGCUGACGCUCCUCUUAGCCAGGGUCGAGGUUCCCUCAGCCGAGCACCCCUCCAGGAGCUGUAUGACCCGUCCAUGGAGAGCAGUGCUGCUAACCUGGAUGACCUGCAGAGAUCCUGGGAGACGCUUAAAAAUGUGAUCAGCGAGAAGCAGAAGAGUUUAUACGAGGCUCUGGAGCGACAGCAGCACUAUCAGGAGUCUCUCCAGUCUAUUUCCACAAAGAUGGAGUCCAUUGAGGGAUCGCUCAACGAAAGCCUGGAGCCCAGCAAGAGCCCCGAGAGCCAGAUGGCUGCACACCAGGCUUUGAUGGAUGAAAUCAUGAUGCUACAGGAAGAGAUCGGUGAGUUACAGACGUGUUUCUCCGAGGAGCUGGCAGACAGCGACAGUGACGGGGAGCCGGGCGAUCAGCUGGCUCUCCAGUCCACUCUCACUGUGCUGGGGGAGAGGAUGGCAACUAUCCGAAUGAAGGCUUCAGGAAAACGGCAGCUGCUAGAGGAGAAACUCAGUGAGCAGCUAGAAGAGCAGCGGCAGGAACAGGCGCUGCAGCGUUACCACAGCGAGGCCGCAGAGCUCGACCACUGGUUGCUCAGCACUCGUGCCACUCUGACCUCUGCUCUUCAGCCCCUUAAUGAAGACUUGGACAUGGAGGAGCAGCUCACUGACUGUCAGAAUAUGCUGUUUGAGAUCGAGCAGAAGGUGUCAUAUCUGUCAGAGCUCUCCAUCCACAGUGAGAGCCUGCUGCUGGAGGGUCGUGCAGAGACCAAAGGAGAGGCGGAGCAGCUCACCUUUAAAUUACGCUCCCUCAAAGACAGCCUGAUGGAGCUGCAACAGAUGCUUCAAGACAAACAGGUUGACAUCCAGGGUUCAUUGCAGGAGCAGGAGGACAGCGAGACAGAUACUUCACUAUCCCAGAGUCCCAAUGUUCAGGAGUGGCUGUCUCAGGCUAGAUCCACACGCACACUGCAGCACCAUGACAACCUGCUGCGACAGAGGGAGCUGCAGGAGCAAGUGGCGAAACAGAGGCAGCUGCUGCAGUCUGUAGCCAGUGUUGGAGAAGAGCUGCUGAGCCAUACCACACCCAAUGGAGACAGUGAGAUGUCCAUCCCCGGAGGAGUGUUGCUGGAGCCUGAGACGUUGUCUCCUUUGGACCAGCUGAGACAGCGCUGGGAAAACCUGAAUAAAGAUCAGAGCACAAAGCUGCAGCUCUCCCUCAACUCUCUGGAACAGGACCAGCUUAGUCCGGUCCUCCAUCGAUCCCGCCUGUCCAGUCCCAGUAUGGUGUUUAGAGGCGAGUCUGUGAGCCAGGACUAUCGCUCCCCCAGAGCUUUGUUUGAAUCCUGCAGCCAGAAUCUGGAAAGACUUGCCCAGGAGGCGGCAAAUGGUGACAGUAAACUAGGAGGGACAACAGUGCAACAGGACCUGUAUGCUGCAGUUUCAGCAGCCUCCUCCUGGUUGGAUGCUGCAGAGAAUCAGCUGCUCUCUGGCCCUGUUCUGCUGUCUGAAGAUGCAGAGACACAGCUUUCAAACCUAGAGGCUCUUUAUAAACAGCUGAAGGCGAUGAGCAGUGAAGUAAACCUCUGCAGAGACCUACUGGGUGGAGGAGCAGGGCGGCUGUGUGGAGGAGAGGAACGAGUACUGAUGGAGGACACACUGGAGGGCCUGCAGGAGAGGAUGGGGCUGCUCAACUCAACCCUGGAACAGCACUGUGACGGCAUGAGGGACAGGCUGCAGGAGCACUCCAAUUUCCAGAAUGAACUGCGGAUGUUGUUCACGGCUCUGAGUGAAAGUAAACACCACUUGCUGCAGAAGAUGGCUGGAACUGUGGACAGACCUGCAUCCAAACAGAUCGAGACUUUAUCAGAGGUGGAGGAGAGUCUGAGAGAGUUUGAGCAGAGGGUGGUGGAGCUGAGGACCAGAGCAGAGGGACUCCAAUCGGACCAAAUCUCCCAUCAGGAGUUCCUCAAACUACAGGAUGCAUACGAGGAGCUGGUGCUGAUGGUGGGAUCCAGACGCAGCAGUUUAAACCACGGCUUGUCUCUCAAGGCUCAGUAUGAAGCUGCUCUCCAUGACCUCACAGAUCUGGUGGACACGGCACAGGACAAGAUGGCUGCUGAUCAGAAGAUGACGGUGGCUUCUGUCAUAGAGGUCCAAAUGUUAUUAGACAAACACAAGGAGUUCUUCCAGGGUUUGGAGUGUCAUAUGAUCCUCACCAAGACGUUUUACAGUAAAGUGUCUGGUCUGGUGGCGCAGAGGGAAAGUCAGGCCUUGGAGGAGACGAUGGCCUUAGCCCAUAGUGUGCUUAAACAGGCCCACAGGAGGGGGGUGGAGCUGGAGGGCAUACUGGAGUCGUGGAGCAGGCUUGUGGAGGAGUACCAGGCUCUGUGCAGGCAGCUGGAGGCCGUGGAGUGUAGCAUCCCCACUGUUGGUUUGGUUGAAGAGACGGAGGAAAGACUGGUAGAAAGGAUCAGUCUCUACCAGCGUCUGAAGGCCAGUCUGACAGAGCAUCAGCCUCAGCUGUAUCAGGUCCUGGAGGAGGGCAAGAGGCUUCUUUUGUCAGUUGGCUGCUCAGACCUGGAGAACCAGUUGACCCAGUUGGGAGAACACUGGCUGUCCUCCACCACUAAGGUCAACAAGGAGCUGCACCGCCUCGACUCCACGCUCAAACACUGGAGCAGGUACCAGAGUGAGUCAGCAGAGUUGAGCCACUGGUUGCAGUCAGCACUAGACCGGCUUGAGUUCUGGACGACACAGUCUGUGACAGUGCCUCAGGAGCUGGAGACCGUCAGAGAUCACCUCUAUGCCUUCUUGGAGUUUUCCAAAGAGGUGGAUGCUAAGUCAUCUCUCCGUUCAUCUGUGCUGAGCACAGGCAACCAGCUUCUGCGUCUGAAAAGAGUAGACACGGCUGGUCUCAGAACAGCUCUCGGUCAGAUUGACACCCAAUGGGCUGAGCUGUUGACGCGCAUUCCUGUGGUACAAGAGAAGCUACACCAGUUACAGAUGGAGAAACUGGCAUCACGACACGCCAUCACAGAGCUGAUGAGCUGGAUUUCUCUCAUGGAGAACAUCAUAGAGGAGGACCAGGACAAAAUCAUGGGAGCUGUAGGCUCAGAGGUGGUCCAGAACUUCUUGCAGAAGUAUAAGGGUUUCCGCAUAGAUCUCACAUGCAAGCAGCUGACUGUGGACUUUGUGAAUCAGUCGGUGCUGCAGAUCAGCAGUCAGGAUGUUGAAGGAAAGCGCAGCGACAAAACAGACUUUGCUGAGAAGCUUGGAGCCAUGAACAGACGAUGGCAGAUACUACAAGGGCUUAUUGCUGAAAAGAUUCAGGUUUUGGAAGGACUUCUGGAAGGUUGGUUAGAGCAUGAAAAUGGAGUUCAGGCCUUGAAAACCUGGCUCACUCUGCAGGAGGAGAAACUGAAGAAGAGACACAGGAUAGAGGAUGUAGCAUCAGUGCAGAAUGCACUUAAAGACUGUCAGGAGUUGGAGGAAUCAGUGAAGGAAAAGGAGAAAGAUCUAGAGAAAGCAGAGGAAAGAGGAAAUGCUCUCAUCCAGGACAAGAAAGGAGUAGCAUGCUCAGCAGUAAAGGAUACUCUUAAAGGACUGAACCAAUCCUGGGCUCAUUUGGACCACAUGAUAAGUCAGAUGAAGGUGAGCCUGCGGUCGGUGCUGGAGCAGUGGACGCUGUAUCGUCGGGCUUCUGAGGAGAUUAAUGGUUACCUGAUGGAGGGGAGGUACUCUGUGUCCAGGCUGCGCCUCCUCAAUGGGUCUCUAGAGGCUGUGCAGCAGCAGGUGGAGAGUCUUGAGAACCUGCAGGAGGAGAUGGAUAAGCAAGAGAGCAGUUUGAGGAAGUUCGGCUCUGUUACACAUCAGCUUCUUACGGAGUGCCAUCCAUCCGUGGCCGAAACACUCAACAGAGCCCUGCAGGACGUCAACAUUAGGUGGAACUGUCUGUUAGAGCAGAUCUCAGAGCAGCUGAGGAGCAGUAAAGCCUUGCUGGGGUUGUGGCAGCGCUACAGGUCGUCGUAUGGCCAGUGUGUGACAGCGGUUCAGAAACAGGAGGAACGUGCUGACCGCCUGCUGAAGAGCGCAACUGACAGGGAGAUCACAGAGGAGGAGAGCAGCGCCUGGAUAACGGACUGCAAUGCGUGCCUUAGUGACCAGGCCUCUGUGCAGCAGUCCCUCCAGCAGCUGCAGGCUUUAGGGGAGCAGCUGAAGAGCCAAGUCGACGCCUCCUCCUCGGCGGCCCUCCAGUCCGACCACCUGUCACUCACACAUCGCCUAGCAACACUGGAGCACAGCCUUCACAGGCAGCAGGAAAUACUGCAGACUGGAUCUCAGGCCUGUGAGGGAUUCAGAGAACAGUUGGACACAUUGAUCUGUAAGGCUGAGGAGGCUGAGGAGGUCCUGAAGGAGUCUGACUCAGUUGGGUCUCCAGAGCUCAUCGUUGUCCAGUCACGUAUGGAAAAACUGAAGGUUCACCUGUUGAAGCUGAGCAGUCUGUCUCCAGACCUGGAGCGUGUUAACGAGUUGGUGUACCGGCUCCCAGUCAGUGACAAAGAUGUGAAACGACUGCAAAGCCUGAACAGAUCCUGGGCAGCUCACACUGCUCACCUCACUGAGAGAUUCAGUAAACUCCAGGCGGUGUUGCUCCAGCAGCAGAGUUUCCUCCAGAAGUGCGAGGCGUGGAUGGACUUCCUGUCUCAGACUGAACAGAAGCUGGCUGCUGAGAUCUCAGGGAACUACCAGAGUCUACUGGAGCAGCAGAGAGACCAUGAGUUGUUCCAGGCAGAGAUGUUCAGCAGGCAGCAGAUUCUCUACUCCAUCAUCAGUGACGGGCAUCAUAUGUUAGAUCAGGGACAAGUGGAUGACAGAGAUGACUUCAGUGUGAAGCUGGCUCUGUUAAGCAAUCAGUGGCAGUGUGUGGUCAGGCGAGCCCAGCAGCGAAGGGGCAUCAUUGACAGUUUAGUUCGCCAGUGGCAGAACUACAGGGAGAUGGCGGAGAAGCUCCUGCAGUGGCUGCAAGAAGUGACCAGAGAUCCAGAUGUUCAUCAGCAGGGAGAACCGGUUGCUCUUCAGCAGGCCAGAAACCUGUUAGAUCAGAUACAGCUGAAGGAGCGGGUUCUCCAUAGGCAGCAGGGAGGCUAUAUCCUGACGGUGGAGGCCGGCAGGAGCUUGCUGCUGUCAGCCGAUGCCAGAGCGGAGUCCACCCUGCAGACCGAGCUGAUGGAGAUUCAGGAGAGGUGGAGGCACGCCCACCACCGCCUCGACCAGCAGAGGAGGGAGCUGCAUGGCUUGCUCAAGAACUGGGAGAGAUGUGAGAAAGGCAUAACUGCGUCACUGGAGAAGCUGAGGGCCUUCAAAAGAAAGCUGUCUGUGCCACUGCCUGACCACCACGAGGAGCUGCACUCAGAACAAAUCAGGUGCAAGGAGUUGGAGAGCAGCGUGAAUGGCUGGACUGAUGACCUCACUUCCUUGUUCGUGCUGAGGGACUCCUUGGAAGGCGUGGUCAGUGCUGAUGACAUCACGGUCCUACAGGAGCGUCUCCAGCUGCUUCAGCGACAGUGGGAGGAGGUCUGCCACCAGCUUUCCCUGCGCAGGCAGCAGGUGAGCGAGAAGUUGAAUGAGUGGGCCGUGUUCAAUGAGAAGAACAAGGAGCUGUGUGAAUGGCUCACACAGAUGGAGAGCAAAGUCUCUCAGAAUGGAGACAUCAGCAUUGAAGAGAUGAUCGAAAAGCUGCGCAAGGACUACCAGGAGGAGAUCAGUGUCGCUCAGGAGAACAAGCAGCAGCUGCAGGUGAUGGGUGAUCGCCUAGCGAGGGCCAGCCAAGACAGCAAGGCGGCCGAGAUCCAACACAAGCUCAGCAAAGUGAGCGAGCGCUGGCAACACCUGCUGGACCUCAUCGCUGCCAGGGUGAAGAAGUUGAGGGAGACCCUGGUGGCGGUGCAGCAGUUAGAUAAAAACAUGAGCAGCCUCCGUUCGUGGCUGGCUCACAUCGAGACAGACCUGUCCAGACCAAUCGUCUACGACACCUGUGACGAUCAGGAGAUUCAGAGGAAACUCAACCAGCAGCAGGCGCUGCAGAGGGACAUAGAGAAACACAGCACAGGUGUGGCGUCAGUGUUGAACCUGUGUGAAGUCCUGCUGCACGACUGUGAUGCCUGUUCCACGGAGACAGAAUGCGACUCCAUCCAGCAGGCUACCCGAGGGCUGGACAGACGCUGGAGGAACAUCUGCGCUAUGUCCAUGGAGAGGAGGCUCAAGAUUGAGGAGACGUGGAGGUUGUGGCAGAAGUUUCUGGAUGAUUACUCCAGGUUUGAGGAUUGGUUGAAGACCUCAGAAAGAACAGCAGCUCUGCCUAACUCCUCUGGAGUUCUUUACACUGUUGCCAAAGAGGAGCUUAAGAAGUUUGAGGCCUUCCAGCGGCAGGUUCAGGAGUGCCUGACCCAGCUAGAGCUCAUCAACAAACAGUACCGUCGUCUGGCCCGAGAGAACCGCACCGACUCCUCCUGCAGACUCAGAGAAAUGGUGCAUGAUGGGAACAGGCGGUGGGAUAACUUGCAGAAAAGGGUGGCAGCUAUCCUUCGCCGACUCAAGCACUUCAUCGGUCAGAGAGAGGAGUUUGAGACGGCUCGAGACAGCAUCCUGGUGUGGCUGACAGAGAUGGACCUCCAGCUGACAAACAUCGAGCACUUCUCUGAGUGUGACGUUCAGGCCAAGAUUAAACAGCUCAAGGCGUUCCAGCAGGAGAUCUAUCUGAACACGGGGAAGAUCGAGCUGGUGUUCAGACAGGGUGAUGCUCUGAUUGAGAAGAGUGAACCUCUGGAUGCGGCUGUCAUCGAGGAGGAGCUGGAGGAGCUGCAGAGAUACUGCCAAGAGGUGUUCGGACGAGUUGACAGAUACUACAAGAAACUCACGCGACUGCCUCUGGCUGACGACGAGUUUGACGGUUCGGACAGAGAGCUAGACAUGGAGGAAGGCGGCGACCUCUCCGAGCUGCAGUGGGGCGACUCUGCUCUGCCUCGCCCUUCCAGCCGUCCAGCUUCGGGUACGACCGCUCUCGCCCGGGCCGACCGUUCAGGACGAGACACCCCGGCCAGUGUGGACUCCAUUCCUUUGGAGUGGGACCACGACUACGACCUGAGCAGAGACCUGGAGAGCCCCGGAGGACGAGGUCACAGGGAGAGGAGACGAGGACAAGAGGAGGAGGAGGAUGAGUAUCUGAGGACGGCUGCUACGGUGCUAUCAGAUGUAGUUAUCCCAGAGAGUCCAGAGGCCUAUAUAAAACUGACUGAGAAAACACUGAAAUCGUCCUCUGGUGAGCCGGGCCAGCUGGAGGCGAGUCUCAGACAGCUGGAUCAGGCGCUGGACGCAGGACGAUUCCACCUUCAGCAGAGAGAGGCCGCCGCCAGCAGCUCCAGCCCUGACAUUGACUCCACCUACAUGGGCUACAUGCGUCUAAUGGGAGAGUGUCGAGGCAGUAUAGAUGCAGUGAAGAGAGCAGAAGGAGAGCUGACUGAUGAUGAGAGCGACAUGCCAGGCCUCAUCAACCCCGCCAGCACUGACGCUCAGAGUGCAGGUGUGAUCGAGCGCUGGGAGCUGAUCCAAGCUCAGUCUCUGAGCGAGAAGCACAAGCGCAAACAGAACCUGCAGCAGUGGCAGCAGCUGAUCUCAGACCUGCAGACCAUGAGGGCCUGGUUGGGUCAGUCUGAGGCUGAACUGAGCCAGCUGAGAGGGCUGGAGGUCAGCACCGACAUACACACCAUCCAGCAGAGAAUCAAGAAGCUCAAGGAGCUGCUGAAGGGGAUGGAUGCCCACAAGUCCGAGGUGUUGUCCAUCAACCUGAGCAGUUCAGACUUCCUCCAAUCAGAGCCAGACUCUGAGGAGGCUUGGGAGCUCAGGGACGGACUGAAAGAGAUGAACGCUCGCUGGGAUCGACUCGGUGCCUCUCUGGAGGACUGGAGGGAGGAGCUGCAGAGGGCGCUGAUGCAGUGCCAGGAGUUCCACGAGAUGAGCCACGGUCUGCUGCUGUGGUUGGAGAACAUCGACCGCAGGAGGAACCAAGUGGUGCCGAUUCCUCCCAGACUGGAUCGAGAAACAUUACGAGCUCAUCACAAAACUCUGACACAAAUCAAGCGUGAGCUGCUGGACUCGCAGCACAAAGUGUCAUCUCUUCAGGAGCUCUCCGCUCAGCUGCUGGUCAACACCAAACCACAGACUGUGACGCUGCAGCAGCAGCAGCAGCAGAAGCAGGUCUCAGAGCAGACCUGGGAUCAGGGCAGCGAGUGCCUGGAGGCUCAGGAGAAGGUGCACGUGAUCCUGAACAGGCUGAGGCUGCUCCUAAGGGAGGUCAGCUCAGACCUGGAGGGAUUGGAGAGGAGACUGGAGGCUGCAGACACACAGCAGGAUUGUUUACCUCUGCCUGUUGGUAAAGUAGAAACCUGCGGAUCAGCUGCUCCUGUGACAGAGGCGACCGUCCAGAGCCGCAAACGAGUGCCCCGAGGCAAAAGUAGUCAGGCCCACCCAGGACACCCUGAGAGCGGCCCGCGCCACAGCCGCAGAUCCCCAGGCGUCGCUGGCUGCGUUUCCUCCCAUUCUGACCUUCCGGACAGCGUCUCCUCCUCCUCCUCUUCCUCUAAAGGUCCGUCCUUCCUGCUACGUGUCCUUCGAGCCGCACUCCCCGUCCAGCUGCUCCUCCUGCUCCUCAUCGGCCUGGCCUGCCUGGUGCCCAUGACAGAGGAGGACUACAGCUGCCACCACGCCAACAACUUCGCCCGCUCCUUCCAUCCCAUGCUGCGCUACACCAACGGACCUCCGCCCAUAUGAGACGCAGCGAAGAAUAUCUACUUUCUGCUUUGCCAAGGAUGCCACUGACUCCUGUGAAUGUCUCCUCCUCACCCUGUGCCCUAAAAACGAUGAACUCCAGCAUGAUGAUGAUGAUGAUGAGGGGAUAUGAAGACUUCUCUCACUAACAUUGCACACACACACCUUCACCCUUUAAACACACACUCCAGGACAAAUGGACUUCAUCUGGAGACGCCCCCCUUGCCACCCAAUCCAAAUAUUUCAUGUUGUUUUAACUUAAAUGUGUAUUUUAUUUUUGAAGGUUUCUGUAGAAACCUGUAAAAAUCAAUGAAAAGAAAGCACUAUUUAUAUACUGUAUGUUGGGAGCCAAAGUCGACUGUGCUUUUUGUCCAUGAUAUCCAGUGCUGCUACUAUUUAUUUAGUAUUCAAUCAGUUGAUAGAUUGGUAGUGUGAUGAAGCUAAAGCACCACCUUAAGUGUGGGAUGUUGUACCUUAAAGCUGUACGGAGGACGUGCAGUUUGCGUGCUGAAUAUCCGAGAAUCAAAGUGAAGCUCGGAGCACUGACGUGAGCACUAUUGAAGGUACCGCACUGAAGCCGUCCCGCCAAAAUGGCCGACUUCUUUCCCUGAAGCUUGUAUUCCUGUUUUUAUUUCAGUAUUUAAUCACACAGGGGAAUAUAUUUACAGAAAGAUGAGCGCUCCCUUUGUUUCAAGAACUCCAGCUGGUUUGUAUAUGAUGUUAAAACUCUUUGAAUACAGGCUGUUAUUUUUUUAUCUUUCAGUUUGAGCAUGCACUUAAAAGUCUCCUGCUUUUAAAAAAGCGAAACAAUCACUCGUAGUGUUUUAGUAGACAGCCGUGACCUGAAAUAUUGUGCUUUGUAAUAUCUGCGAUAAUUAUUCUGCGGUGAUGAGACACCUGAAUCACCGCUCUGUUAAAACAGAAUCUGUAAAAAAAAUGAUGAAAUAUGAAAAAUGGUUAUUUAUGUAUGUACAGUUUGCUAAUGCCAACUUCAUGAAGAAUACUCUCUUUGCGAAUAAUAAAACAUGAAAUAUUUA